AUCUAAGUAAACCGAAACAAAAUCCAAAUAGACCGAACCAGAUACUUAAAAGCAAUACCUUUCGGCUUCUCUCUUCUUGUCUUAACUCUUCCACUUCAGAAACAGAAUUACCUCCGUCGCCGCCAUUAUCUCGCCGGCUGAUAAAGAGUAUCUCAGACAAGAGAGAAGCAAAUAAUCUCUCUUGUUCAUCGAACAAAAUGUCAUCUUCUCUGUCACUUCAUUCCUCCUUCAUACCUUCAUUCGCUGAUCUUCCCGACCGUGGAUUGGUCAGUAAAAACUCUCCGACGACUGUUUCCAUUACCAAGUUUCCAACUUGGGAGAAGAAGAAGCAGAUCUCGAAUCGAAGCCUGUUCAAGCUAAGCUGCGUGAUGGAGAAGAGUAUCGAUGGAAACACCCAUUCUGUAGUUAACACCUCCCAAGAUUGCUUAAAUGCUAUUGAUGUCAGAGAAGAGGCUAGCGUCGCUACGUUGCUGAUGAACUUGGAUAAUAAAUUUGAUCCCUUUGAUGCAAUGAGCACUCCUCUUUACCAGACAGCUACGUUUAAGCAGCCUUCUGCUAUAGAAAAUGGUCCAUAUGAUUACACAAGAAGUGGGAAUCCUACUCGGGAUGCACUUGAAAGUCUCCUUGCGAAGCUUGACAAGGCGGAUAGAGCAUUUUGCUUUACUAGUGGAAUGGCUGCUCUUGCUGCGGUUACGCACCUUCUCAAAGCUGGCGACGAGAUUGUUGCUGGAGAUGAUCUAUAUGGUGGCUCAGACAGAUUACUAUCCAACGUAGUUCCAAGAUCUGGCGUUGUGGUUAAACGAGUAAACACAACUUGUUUAGAGGAGGUUGCUUCUGCUAUUGGUCCCCCGACAAAACUUGUGUGGCUUGAGUCUCCAACCAACCCCAGACAACAAAUCUCUGAUAUACGAAAAAUAGCUGAGAUGGCUCAUGCUCAAGGUGCACUUUUGUUAGUUGACAACAGUAUUAUGUCACCGGUUCUCGCUCGGCCAUUAGAACUUGGAGCUGAUAUCGUGAUGCACUCGGCUACUAAGUUUAUAGCCGGACACAGUGAUUUGAUGGGGGGUGUGCUUACUGUAAAAGGCGAAAAAUUGGCAAAGGAGUUGUAUUUCCUCCAAAACUCUGAAGGUUCUGGAUUAGCUCCUUUCGACUGUUGGCUUUGCCUACGAGGAAUCAAGACAAUGGCUUUACGCAUAGAGAAGCAGCAGGAAAACGCACGGAAAAUCGCAAUGUACUUGUCUACUCAUCCAAGAGUGAAGAAAGUGUACUAUGCUGGUCUACCAGAUCAUCCUGGUCACCAUCUUCACUUCUCUCAGGCAAAGGGUGCAGGAUCAGUUUUUAGCUUCAUUACAGGAUCUGUCGCCCUAUCCAAGCAUCUUGUAGAAACCACCAAGUACUUCAGCAUUGCUGUCAGUUUUGGGAGUGUUAAGUCACUUAUAAGCAUGCCAUGCUUCAUGUCACAUGCAAGCAUACCUGCUGAAGUUCGCGAGGCUAGAGGCUUGACGGAAGAUCUUGUCCGUAUAUCUGCAGGCAUUGAGGACGCUGAUGAUUUGAUCUCUGAUCUUGAUAUCGCCUUCAAGACCGGUCCCAUCUAAUACUCCACUCUGAGAAAGAAAAAAAAACUGUUUUUCUAGUCUCAGUUUUUUGUGUGUUUCAUAGGUUCUUGAAAGAGGAAUCUGUGUUAAGUAACCACAAAACAUGAUUUGGUGUUUGAUAACACAUCUGCUAAACCUGUAUUCUAAGUUUGUAAUAAGACUCCAAAUCCAAAUAAACUUGUUAUGCAAGUA